AUGGCCUCCAUGACACCGCAGACACGUCGGCUCCCGGGAUCCAGUAUAGCGGACUCGACCCGAGGCAUAGCCACACUGGGUGCCCUCUCCCAAAUGUCCAUGUAUAUUGCCGCGAUAUCUGCAAGCAUGCUGACCCGCAGGGACAAAACGGAAAUGGUGGCAGAAUUGAGGGCCAUUUUCAGGGAGGAGAUUGCCGCAGUGCGCACCGACCAUACACGAAACCCGGAUGAGGACCCGGAAGGCAGGGGCAUUCACUGCCCCCCCCAACAUAUUAAACUUCGCAUCUGGACAACUACACCCAUGCCAUACAGGGAGGGAGCUGAUGGAAAAGGGACAGUACAGACCACCACAUCCCUAGGUGACACCACUACCGUAAGUGGCACUACAGAACCCCUCUGUGACAGACCCACAUUGUACAUAGAACCGGGGUCCCUCGUGUGGGAACUCUAUCCCCGACGCAGGAACAUCUGCACCCGGUACAGGGUCGACGUCGCCCCCGAAGGGUCGGGUAGACCCUACACUAGACCACUCUUCACCGACUUCCCCACACCUACUGACGUCCCACACCCCCACACGUGCCGCGGCGGGGCGCCACCUCGACGCGGUGAUGGCGAACAGUCAGGGAUUCGUCCCGGCCCGGCUGACAUAUUGGUCCAACAAUGUUCAGGGGCUUAA